AUGGGAGGGAGAGCUCUGGGCGGAAGGCUCCGGACCCCAGUGGCACCCGCCGUGCCCCGGCUCCGCCGCCGACCACCUGGGGCAGCCGGGCUGCGGGGAGCGGUGCGGUGCGGUGGUGGCUCCCCGAGGUGUCGGGGUCCGGCAGGGACACGGCCCGGGGCUGAGCCGGGACCAACCGCGGGGAAGAGCGCCGGACCCGGCACAACCAUGAGAGACGCCCCGGGUCCCGGGUACCUCGUGCAUCUCGCGUGGAUGUGCCUCUUCUCUGCCGUGCCGCACGGCGCGGCCAAGGUGUUGGAGAGGACCUUCGAGGAGUGGAUGCGGUACCGGGAUGAGUGCCUGCGGAGGAUGGCGAGCGAGCCCUACCCCGCAGGGCUUUUCUGCAACCGCACGUUUGACAUGUACGCCUGCUGGCCCGAUGGCAGCCCCGGCACCGCCGUCAACGUCUCCUGUCCCUUCUACCUGCCCUGGUUUGAGAAAGUGAAACACGGGUUGGUGAGCCGGCGCUGCGGUGCUGACGGGCAAUGGGUGAUGGUGAACGGCAGCCAGCCGUGGAGGGACUACUCACAGUGUGAGGAGGAGCUGGAGGAUGGCGCCGAGGAGGAAGGCGCCCGCAGGCUGAUGGUGAGCUUCAAAGUGCUGUACACCGUGGGCUACGCGCUGUCACUCCUCACCCUCAUCUCCGCUCUGCUCGUCCUCACCGUCUUCAGGAAGCUGCACUGCACCAGGAAUUACAUCCACGCCAACCUGUUCGCCUCCUUCGGGCUGCGGGCCACCUCGGUGAUGGUGAAGGACGCGCUGCUGGAGAGGCGCUGGGGCGCAGAGGUGCUGCAGGUGGCCGAUUGGCAGGCACUGCUCAGCCACGAGGCAGCACUGGGCUGUCGUGCAGCACAGGUGCUGAUGCAGUACUGCAUCCUGGCCAACCACUACUGGUUCCUGGUGGAGGCCGUCUACCUCUACAAGCUGCUGAUCGGUGCAGUCUUCUCUGAGAAGAAUUACUACCGGCUGUACCUGUACCUGGGCUGGGGGACCCCCGUGGUGUUUGUGGUGCCCUGGAUGGCCGCCAAGUACCUGAAAGAGAAUGCAGAGUGCUGGGCGCUGAACGAGAACAUGGCAUACUGGUGGAUCAUCCGCAUCCCCAUCCUGCUCGCCUCCAUGAUCAACCUGCUGAUCUUCAUGCGGAUCCUCAAGGUGAUCCUGGCCAAGCUGCGCGCCAACCAGAAGGGCUACGCUGACUACAAGCUGCGGCUGGCCAAAGCCACGCUGACACUCAUCCCCCUCUUUGGGAUCCACGAAGUCGUCUUCAUCUUUGCCACCGAUGAGCAAACCACGGGCAUCCUGCGCUACAUCAAGGUCUUCUUCACCCUCUUCCUCAACUCUUUCCAGGGGUUCCUGGUGGCUGUGCUGUACUGCUUUGCCAACAAGGAGGUGAAAUCAGAGAUGAAGAAGAAGUGGCAGCUGUGGAAGCUCGACCACCCCACGCUCUGCUGCACACAGUGA